AUGACAUCAUCCUCUCUCCCAUCUUCCUUCUGGGACCUCCCCCUCUCCAACAACUCUCUGACUGUAGAUGACAAAAUUACAUUUGCUGUAGAAACCACCCAAUUUGUGAUAUUUUGUAUCACAAUGACAAUUUAUCUGCUUAUUGUUUGGGCACUAAUCGAAGCUCAACAAAGGAGAGUCGAGGAGUUGAGCUCACCGUUUUUCAAGUUGUGUUUAUCGACUGCGGGGGUGGAUAUUUGGACCCUUCUAACCAACUAUCUCGGUGCAAUGUUCCCCAAGUGGGGAUGGUUUGUCCCAAUAUAUUUGUUUCUUGGAAACGGAUACGGCAGAGUUUAUUUAUAUUUUGCGUGGAGUACUGGUAUCUGCCAAGCAAUGAGUGUAUCCGUCUUAGCGUCCAACCGAUUGUCAGUCAUGUUAUUCCCCACUAGUUUUCAUAAGAUGUGGAUGGGAUACCGUCUUUGGGUAGCCAUAGCCAUCCAGUAUCUCACCGGAUUGCUCAUCGGUCUUGCCACAUUUUUCAACGAGGUACAACUAUUUCGAAAUGGUAAAAACGGGAUAGUCCCAAAGUUUUUGAAUACCACUUUGACCAACAGAUUUUUCGCUAUUGGUGGAGUAUUUUUACUUGUGAAUUGUAUUUAUUUACACACCUCCACACCAAUGAUUAUAAAAUCCCGGACCAAAGAGCGUGCCAAAAUGCGAGAAGCUCAUUUAUUCACCAUGAGCACUAUAAUUGUGGGUGUCCAGUUGUGUAUUCUUAUCCUCUUCAUCUUCAAAGGUGCCGACAUUUUGGCAUUCACCAGUGAUCAGUUCUAUUUGGUGUAUAAUGCAGUGAGCGACCUCUACGCAAGUAUCAACCCGUAUCUUCUUUGGGUAUUCUCAGAUUCUCUCAGGAAAUAUAUACUUCAACGGCUAGGAUUUAUCAAGAAGAAUAAAAAUAUCACAUCAGUUACACCUAUCACUUUUGUGUUAUAA